AUGGAAAAUUGUUCGUUUGAUGAUGACGAGAAUGCGCCCAUCCACACUCUUCCGUAUGAAGUGAUGCGUGAUUUGAGCCGAAUACUUGAUGGCGGCGACACAUGGGUCAAUUUAGCGACCAAAAUGCCGGACAUCACAAUACAAGAUGUCGAUGGUUGCCGUCAGUUUUCCUCGACUCAUCGUGGCAGUCCUUCUGAAUAUUUAUUGAGGAUUUGGGCGAGCAAGGGAUAUUCGAUUCUGAGCUUGUAUAAUCUUUUCGCUAUCACACGGAUGGUGCGUUGUAUGCGGACAAUGCAUCAUUUGAUCCCAGACUCCUAUCAUUACUUGGAGGACUAUACUCUCUCAGCGGAUGAUUCGAACUUGCCCUCAUCAAGUCAGAAUGAUCACCAGUACGUAAAAGGACAGCCUGCUUCCAUCACAUCGAUCAGGAGAGGUGAUGCUCAACAACAACAGUCUCCCGUCGGCGCUAGUAGUUUUACUCAGAAGUCCUCAGGAGUUUCAUCUGCUGGCGAGUCCUCCGGGAACAUGUCGGAUCCUAUAUGGUCGGCUCUUCAAAACACCCUCACCGUUCCCUACACUGAUCUACAGCUCGCAACGUCGAACUUCUCCGAGGAAAACAUCCUUGGUAAGGGUGGAUACGGUGUUGUCUAUGUUGGAGAGUGGAAGCAUACCAAAAUCGCAGUGAAGCGAUUCCUGUCAACUGGUAGCAGGGGUGCUCAGGUGAGUGCGGACUGUUAA